AUGUUGGUCGACAUGACGAGGAGCCUCUUCUCCACCUACGAGAGGGACAUUGCUGCUGCUGGCGAAAAUGGAUAUUAUCGUUUCAUUUACCUUCCCCUUACGGUUCUACUGCUCUGGAGACUGUGGGCUUUCACGAUCUACCCGUGGUUCUACCCCAACAGAUUGGAGUACCUGCCAUACUGGAUUCCAUAUAUGGGCCAUGUUAUACCGUUCUUUAGAAAUUCUAAUAGACUGUUCACUCGGGCAAAAAAGGAGUUUAACCACAAAUUAUGUGCUCUCCGUAUCGUCGGACAGGAUAUGGUCAUGGCAACUACUGCUGCCCAGAUUGCGGCAAUUGAGAAGGACACACACAGUUUUGGGUUUGAACCAUUCGUGGAUCUGAUGUACGACGAGGUCUCAAGGGUCUCACCUGAAAGCAAGCCGAUUCUGUGGCGGACUCCCGCCGAAGGCUACGUCUCGCUCUUUCCAAACCCCAAGCAGUUGUCUCCUGCACAUACUGGAAUACACAUGCUGCACAAGCAGCUUCAAACUCCAGAUGCGUUACACCGUUUUAUGUCAGAGUCACUGGCUGGAGUUAGCAACACGUUACGGUGGAGCUAUUUCUACGAGACGAGCAUUCUAGCCUCCACGGCUGAUGUAAAGGUUGUUUCCCUAGAAUGUUUGGUCCGUGAUGUACUAUUUGAUGCCCAAAUCAAUUCCUUUUUUGGUCCUCGUCUGCAGGAACUCGAGCCGAACAUCCGAAAGAUUCUCAAAGAAUGGGACUGGAAUAGCUGGCAGGUCUCGUAUAAACUGCCAUCCUUUCUGGCAAAGCGUGCAAUUGGGCCCCGAGACCAUCUCCUUGAUGUACUGACUCAAUAUUACUCCACCCCCGCCGAGCAUCGGCCGGGCUCUGUUCCCUUCGUCAGCGAGCUGUACGAUGACUACCAAACAAGCCGGGCUAUCUGA